UAGAAUUGUCAAGAAGGUGUGCGAGCUAAGACUUGACUUGCAGGCUGGCGUAUUGGAAUAUCCUUAAAUAACUCCAUAUUACUUCCUCCUUCACUUGUCAUCUUCCCUGUAAUUGUAAAGACUGCUAUUCGGAGUUACUCUUUUUAUUGUAGUGAAACGAUAUCGUAGUCUUCUCUUGCUAGCAAAGCUUCGUUUUUUAUUCUCCCAAAACAGAAGAAAGCAGUAAAAGCAAUUUCUUCUCUUCGCUCGCCGAUUGCAAUUGACCCAAUUCUCUUAUUGUAAUCACUGUGUGUGUAAUUUCUUGUUGAUUUGUAGGCGGGGAUUAAUGGGCUGCACGCAAUCUAACAUCGAGGAUGAAGAAACUGUAAAUCGAUGCAGGGAGCGGAAGCAGUAUAUGGAGCGGGGCGUAGCGGCCCGCAACAAGUUUGCGGCUGCCCACUCGUCCUACGCGAUGUCCUUGAAGAACAUCGGUGCCGCCCUUAGUGACUUUGCUCAUGGAGAAGUUGUAUAUCCUGCCGGCGGCAGUGGCAGUGGAGGUGGAAUUGGUGCUGAUGCCACCAUUCAGCCACCAAUUCUGCCUCAUGAUAGCAUUUCUUCUUUCCCUCCUCCCUUGCCUCCGUUCAAUCCGACUCCUUCACCACUACAGCGGGCGUCUACUGUUCCUGAAUUUCGAACUGAACUAAAGCGUACGAACUCGAUAACUGAGGAGGAGAGCGAAGAGGACAUUGAAAAUGAGAGUACUCAUAAUUUGAAGCAUCGCAGCAGUAAGAGUAGUGCACGGGGUAGUAUGGGAAGGAGAGAUGGACUUUCACAUAAGGAGGUUACUGAGGAAGAGGUCUUGCAGAAGCCACCUCCGCCAAUGCUGCCAAAUGAACCUGAUCACAAGCAUCUAGCCCGUCCUCCUCCUCCUCCUUCUGCUAUGAAUAACGACAAUUCUUGGGAUUAUUUCUUGGAGCCGGAUAUGCAAAGGUCGACACUGGCUGAUGUUGAGGAUGAUCACUACCAGGGACAGGAAAUUGAGCGAAAAAUGCGAGAAGAAAGGGCUAAGAAAAGUGAAAUGGAUGGUGAAAUUGAUGGAGGGAGGAGGGUUCAGAAGGUGGAGGUGGCCGCUGAAGUGGUGGAAGGCACAGUGAAUCUUUCAAAACAGCCUCCUCCGACUCAAAAAGUAGUGGCAACAAAGCUGGCCAAGAGAGUGAAAAUGGGGGCUCCAGCAGAAGGGAUAAUGAAAGGUGGACCGAGUAAUACAAACUUAUUGCAAAUAUUUGUGGAUUUUGAUGAUUGUUUUCUCAAGGCUUGCGAGAGUGCUCAUGAUGUAUCUAGGUUGCUCGAGGCGACCCGCUUGCAUUAUCACUCAAAUUUUGCAGAUAAAAGAGGGCACAUUGAUCAUUCUACUAGGGUCAUGCGCGUCAUUACAUGGAAUAGGUCCUUCAAAGGUUUACCCGACUUAGAUGAUGGAGUUGACGACUCUGAUUCUGACGAGCACGAGACUCAUGCAACAGUAUUGGACAAGAUGCUGGCAUGGGAGAAGAAGCUUUAUGAUGAAGUUAAAGCAGGUGAGCAAAUGAAACUUGAAUAUCAGAAAAAGGUAGCUUCGUUGAAUAAGUUGAAGAAACAUGGCUCAAACACAGGCGCCUUAGAAAGGAUGAAAGCAGCAGUUAGUCAUCUGCAUACCAGAUACAUUGUUGACAUGCAAUCCAUGGACUCCACCGUUUCAGAAAUUAAUAGUUUGUGCAAUGAUCACCUGUAUCCGAAACUUGUUACCCUUGUUGAUGCGAUGGCUAUAAUGUGGAAAACGAUGAGAAUGUACCAUGAAAAACAAUCUAAAAUUGUGCUAGCUUUGAAGCAUGUGGACAUUCCUCAAUCUCCUAAACAAACAAGUGACCACCACCACGAGCGCACUCAACUUUUAUGUUAUGUUGUUCAGGAUUGUCAUUCACGUUUAAGUGAACUCGUGUCUCAGCAGAAAGAAUAUAUUAAAUCUCUCGACGACUGGUUGAAGUUAAAUCUCAUUCCUAUAGAUACAAACUUGAAAGAGAAAGUUUCAUCUCCCCGUGGGACCCAAAAUCCCCCAUUACAGACACUUUUGCAAGACUGGCAGUAUUACCUCCAGAAGAUUCCUGAUGAGCCGAAAUCAACUAUUAAAAAUUUUGCUGUUCAGACUCAGACUAUAUGGCAGGAUCAGAAAGAGGAGUUGGACUUAAGAAACAAAUGUGCAGAGUCGGAGAAGGAGCUUAUGAGAAGGUCCCGCGAGUUCAAGAAUUGGCAUAAUAAAUAUAUACAGAGGAGAACCCCACCUGAUGUAAUGGAUGCAGAUAGAGCACACGAUAAGGAUUUUAUUGCAGAAAGGGAGCAUAUUGUUGAAGCAGCAAAAUUGAAAUUGAGAGGUGAUGAGGAAGCAUACCAAAGGCUGUGCAUGCAGGUCAGAGAGAGAUCUAUGGCGAGCCUCAAAAGCAAUUUACCAGGACUUUUUGAGGCACUGUCAGAUUUUUCUCUUGCUUGUUCAGAUAUGUAUAACAACUUGAGGUCCAUCGAGCAUUCACGAAAUAGAAGUCAGGGUUGAUGAAGAAACGCUGAUUAUAUCAUUCCAUGCUAUUGGGUAAAUAUUUGUUUCACACUUUCAAAAUAAAUUCUACUUUGUUGUAUCUUUAUGUGAAAUAUGGAGUGUUUAAUGUAACUUGUGAAUUAAUUCAUUGGUAUGUAAGGUGUGUUUUAUAUGACAUAUGACUGUCAAGGGGGUCUUAAAUGGUAUUUCUUUGUUAUACACUUGUACGUACUUGUGUUUUAUACUUGUGAAUUAAUACAUUAAUACUUGUUUUGUGCUUCA